AUGGACGGCUUCUACGACCAGCAGGUCCCCUUCAUGGGCCCUGGGGUAAAUGAGGGCCGAGGGCGGUCAGGGUCUGAGAGGAAAAGGAAAUUUUUGGAGACCGACCUGGCCCACGACUCAGAAGAGCUCUUCCAGGAUCUCAGCCAGCUCCAGGAGGCCUGGCUAGCCGAAGCUCAGGUCCCCGAUGAUGAACAAUUUGUCCCAGAUUUCCAGUCUGACAACUUGGUCCUGCAUGCCCCGCCACCGGCCAAGAUCAAGCGGGAACUGCACAGCCCUUCCUCUGAGCUGUCGUCCUGUAGCCACGAGCAGGCUCUCUGCGCCGGCUAUGGGGACAAGUGCCUCUACAACUGCUGGUUUCAGAGGCAGCUGUCGGAACCCUGCCACCCCUUCCCAAAACCGGGGGUGCGGGGGGCCGCCCGCCCCGUCUACCACCGGCAGCUGUCGGAGCCCCUUGGCCCCGUCACCCCCCGCCCUGCUCAGGGAUUCAAGCAGGAGUACCAUGACCCGCUCUACGAGCACAGUGGCCCUGGCCUGCCCGGCCCACCCAGCCACAGCUUCCAGCCCCCCAUGGGCAUCAAGCAGGAGCCCCGGGACUACUGCAUCGACUCAGAAGUGCCUAACUGCCAGUCCUCUUACCUACGGGGGGGUGUCUUCCCCAGCAGCCACGAUGGAUUUUCGUAUGAAAAGGACACACGAUUGUAUUUUGAUGACACAUGCGUGGUGCCAGAGAGGCUGGAGGGUAAAGUGAAGCAGGAGCCCACCCUGUACCGUGAGGGCCCUCCCUACCAGCGGCGGGGGUCCCUGCAGCUCUGGCAGUUCCUGGUCCCCCUCCUGGACGACCCCGCCAAUGCCCACUUCAUUGCCUGGACCGGCCGGGGCAUGGAGUUCAAACUGAUCGAGCCUGAGGAGGUNGCGAGGCGCUGGGGCAUCCAGAAGAACCGGCCGGCCAUGAACUACGACAAGCUCAGCCGCUCGCUGCGCUACUACUACGAGAAGGGCAUCAUGCAGAAGGUGGCCGGUGAGCGGUACGUCUACAAAUUCGUCUGCGACCCCGAUGCCCUCUUUUCCAUGGCCUACCCCGACAACCAGCGCCCCUUCCUGAAACCUGAGCCCGAGUGCCCAGUGCCCGAGGAGGAGACGGUGCCGCUGACACACUUUGAGGACAGCCCUGGGUACCUGCUGGACCUGGAGCCCUGCGGCAGCCUGCCCUAUGCCGAGGCCUUCGCCUACUGA